UCCUUCUUUCAAAAACUCUUACAAUUAUCUUUCAAACAGACAAAAAAAGAAAUGGCUGAAGGAGUUUUGUUUGACAUUGCUGGAAAAGUCCUAGAAGGUCUGGGACCUUUAGCUCUCCGAGAGCUUAACUUGGCCAGUAAUGUAAAAGCUGAACUCACCAAGCUCGAAGGAACUGUUUCCAUUAUCAAAGCUGUCCUUCUCGAUGCAGAGGAUCAACACAACAGCAACAACCGAGAGGUCACGGUCUGGCUCAGGCGGCUCAAAGAUGCAGUUUAUGAUGUGGACGACUUGCUGGAUGAUUUUUCCACUGAAGUUUUACGGCGAAAGAUAAUGAAGGGGAAUGAAAUGUCAAAAAAGGUACGCAUUUUCUUCUCGAAAUCAAACCAGCUCUCCUAUCGUCUCAAGAUGGGUCAUAGAGUUCAAGCUCUAAGAGAGAAACUAGAUGCAAUUUCAGCUGAUAGAAUCAACUUCCACUUUAAUGAGCGUCUUGUAGAGUCACAAAUUCAAAGUAGGGAAAGAGAGCAAACGCAUUCGUUUGUACGCUUAGAGGAAGUGAUUGGAAGAGAUGGUGAUAAAAGUGCAAUUAUAGAAUUGCUCUUGGAAACCCAUUCUGAAGAAAGUAUUAGAGUUGUCCCCAUUGUUGGGUUUGGAGGUUUAGGAAAAACUACAUUAGCUCAAAUGGUGUUUAUUGAUGAAAAAGUCAGAGCACAGUUUGAGCUAAAACUGUGGGUCUGUGUGUCAGAUAGGUUUGAAGUUCAAACAGUUGUGGAAAAAGUACUUGAGGUUGCAACUCAAAAGAAAGUUCAACAAAACUGUCAAAUGGAAAUACUGCAAAAUGACCUCCGAAAGGAAAUUGAUGGAAAGAAAUAUUUGCUAGUCCUAGAUGAUGUGUGGAAUGAGGAUGCACAGAAAUGGUCUAAGGUGAAAAAUCUGUUAAUGGGGGGAGCUAGAGGAAGUAGGAUUGUUGUAACUACAAGGAGUGAAUUGGUUGGAAGAGUUACAGGCACAAUUUCACCAUACUUUUUAGGUGGUCUAUCAGAAAGUCAAUCUUUGUCUUUAUUUAAGCAAAUGACAUUUGAAAAACAAAUCCAAACUUCCAAUUUUCUCGACUUAGAGUUAGAAACAAUUGGAGAAAAGAUUGUGAAAUACUGUGCAGGGGUUCCUUUAGCAAUUAGGUCCAUAGGAAGCGUUUUAUGCCUUGAAAUAACCAAAUCAAAGUGGUCACGUGUGCUUGAACAUAUAACUCAAAAAGGAACUGGUAUUGAGCCAAUUUUAAGGUUGAGUUAUGAUCAUCUUCCAUCACAUUUGAAGCAAUGCUUUGCUUAUUGUUCCUUAUUUCCCAAGGAUUAUAGAAUCAGUAAGCAUGCUUUGAUAAAGCUUUGGAUGGCUCAAGGAUUUAUUCAGUCGCAAGACAGAGGCCAAUCUCUAGAGGAUGUUGGUCAUGAUUACUUCAUGGAUUUGCUUUGGAGAUCUUUCUUUCAAGAGGCAGAAAAAGAUAAUCUUAGCAAUAUGGUAAGUUGCAAGAUGCAUGAUUUGAUGCAUGAUCUUGCCAAAUCUGUUGCUGGAACUGAGUGCUUUGUUCUUACAAAUUUAAAUGUAGAAAAUUUAAAUAAAAACACACGUCAUGUGUCAUUUGGUGAGAAAUUAGACUUUUCAUGGAAGAUUCCAAGUGUCUCACUCAAGGCAAAUAAAAUAAGAACAUUUUUUCAAUCACCAAAUCUCAAGGAGCUGGGGGUAUGGGGGUUUAACGGAGCCAAGUUUUCGAAUUGGUUGUCUUCCAUCACAAAUUUAGUCAACAUUCAAAUACUGGCUUGUGAGAAAUGCCGAAAUCUACCUUCUAUGGAUCAUCUCCCCUCUCUAAAGUUUCUGAGACUUUGGAAUUUGCGUGCUUUAGAACACGUGUCAGAAAUAGAAAUAGACACGUCGACAACAACGACGUUCUUCCCAUCCCUUGAAUCUCUGCGGAUUCGUCAUUGUCCCAAUCUCAAGGGAUGGUGGAGGAGGAGGAAGGAAGAUGAUGAGGAUGAUGAAGAAUCAACUGAAGCAUCAACUGCAGAGCUACUGCCUCACUUUCCUUGCCUUUCCACGUUAGAAAUUCGGGAAUGUCCUAAGCUAACCUCCUUCCCAUUGUUCCCAACUCUCAAUGACAAGUUGAGCUUGGGGAGAACCAGUGGAAGGCCAUUGCAACAGACAUCGACGAUGAGAACCAAGGGGAAGAUAAGAUCAGCGGCAACAACAUCAUCAUCGACUACUCUUCCUCUCUCCAAUUUGAAGUCUUUGACUUUAUAUGAGAUGGAGAAUGUAGAAUCAGCGCUAAAGGAUUUUUUACAAAAUUGCCGCUGCACUAAUCUUGAUACUCUAAACAUUGACAGUUGUCCUGAGUUGACAUCGUUGCAGACAGAAGUGCAUGCCCUCACCUCUUUACAAAAGUUGACAAUUUUGACUUGUCCCAAUUUGAUGGCAUUGCCUAACUGGAUACCUAGUCUCACCUCCCUCCAAGAGUUGCAAAUUAGAAGCUGCCACAAAUUACAGUCAUUGCCAGAAGGGAUGAGUCGACUCACCAAUCUACGGCUGCUCGUAAUCAGUGAUUGUCCCCGUUUGAGUGAAAGAUGCGAAAGGGACACCGGCGCCGAUUGGGCUAAGAUUUCUCACGUCCCAGAUAUUCUCAUUGGUUGAGAUUGAGAACCCAAGGACGUUGUCUGCUGCUUUGCCUAAUUUGAUGAAAAUUGAAGAAGCAAGACUGGUCAUUGUUCCACUUUUACCCCUUUUUCAGCUCAUCAUCUCACCGUUAGAUUCAAUUCAAUUUCCUAGAAUCUGGGCCGCACAAAAAUGCAAAGCCUUGGUCUUUUUAUUUUGCUGCUUAAUUUCACAG